AUGGCGCCACUGAUGGCCACAGCUCUAGGGUUCAUUCUCCUCACAGCGAACUCGAUACUCGCGAUCCACAGGUCUUGGGGAGACGCUGCCGCGACGAUCUUCGUCAUCGCGUCGUACACCACCCUGCUGCUCCUUUUCCGCUGCCUACGAGACUACGAGCGGGCGGCCCCCGGCUCCCCGGCGCGGGAGCGGGCGAGGCGCGCGGUGUGGCCGCUCACCACGCUGCUCACGCUGGGCGUCGUGAACUGCGACAUGGCUCUCGCCAUUCACAAGGCCCGCAACAACCUGGUCUCCACGACGUGCGUGCUCGUCACUCAUGCGGCUCUCCUGGCGCUGGUCUGGCUCUUGGUCCGCGAAUUUGCAGGCCACGCGCGCGGGGUCGUCGGCUCCGGACAGGAUCAAGGCCAAGGCCGCAGUGUGGGUGCUGCCGACGCUGCUCACUGA